AUGAGUCGCUUUCUCCCAACGACCAUUCACGCUUCCGAAAUGCACUACGAGCUUCCCAUUGGCGCCUUUCUAGCUUCCGCCCUCGUUCUCCUUCCAGUGCCGUGGCACUGGCGGGCACGGAACAUCCCCACACUUUCCAUUGUCGCAUGGCUCUUUGUCUCAAACCUACAGCUGGGAGUCAGCGCUAUUAUCUGGGCCGACAGCAUUCGGAAAGUCGCACCCGUCUGGUGCGAUAUAGCCACGAAAUUGCAAGUCGGAGCAACCAUGGCUCUUCCUGCCUGCUGUCUCUCUUUAUGCAUACAUCUAGAACGUAUCGCCAGCGUUCGUCAAGUCCAGUCGACCCCCAGCCAAAAGCGACGGCGGAUGUUCUUCGACCUUACAAUGUGCUGGGGUCUGCCCAUCCUCAGUAUGGCGUUGCAUUAUAUCGUCCAAGGCCAUCGUUUUGACAUCGUCCAAGACUUUGGAUGCAAACCCGCUGUCUACGUGUCGGUGCCAGCCAUUUUGGUCAUCCACGUUCCCGUUCUUAUUGUCGUCUUCGCGACCCUCAUCUUUGCAUCCGCUGCCCUUUACCACUUUUUUCGCCGUCGAAUCACAUUUGCCCGCCAUCUCCAGGACUCCUCCUCCGCCCUUACGCCGUCCCGUUAUUUUCGUCUCAUGGCUAUGGCUCUGGUCCAAAUGGUGUGGGCCACCUUUCUCACCCUGGCGAACUUGCUCCUCACAAUUCGAGGCGGUUUACUGCCGUACACGUCCUGGGCUGAUGUCCACGCUGGAUUCGGCUAUAUCGGGGUCUUUCCGCGCGCUUUCAUUCCAGCGAAUCAUUGGGCUUGGGCCUAUUUUACGUUUUGGUCGAUGCCCGCAACGGCGCUGCUAUUUCUGGUAUUCUUUGCGUUUGGUCAGGAUGCGAUGGCUGGUUACCGCUCUGCGUUUGCUAGUUUUCGAAAAAUGGUCGGAUUUCCUCCCAAACCCAAGAAGGCCCGUGUUCCUUCAAUGCCAACCUUCAAUCUACCCCGUUUCCCUCAACUGGACAAGGACUCUUUCUCAACCUCGUCAGAGGCGCAUGCCCCUGCAACACCCGCCUCUUUUCACGCCAAAUCGGUCACUGAAACCGAUAUCCCGCUCACUCCUUCCUCUGCGACCUCAUUCUCGACCAUUGUUGCAUGCUACCACCCCGAACACAAGCCCCAGCUACCUUCCUUGGAUCUUACGCCACACACGAUCGACAUGGCUUAA